AUGCAGGCAGGGGCAAGUGCAUCCCCAGAGUGGUCCCUGUUUCCUGAAGAGGGUGAAAAGCACUUGCUGACACUGCAGACAGUGUGUCCAAGCACAGAGGAGGAGGACUUGGAGGGCAUCUGCCCGAUAAGUGCCCACCAACAGAAUGGCAUGGCCGUGGCAAUGCUGGCUGGGGCGGUUGUGCUGCAGCCAGUGCUGUACAAUGUGCCGGCAGGCAUGGCUGUGAGCAUGUGGGAAGGGGUCUGUGUGUUUUAUGACUUUGGGCUGAUGCAGAGCAAUGUUUUACAAGAAGAGGGGCAAGCAAUUAGUUCAGAAAGCAAGCCAACAGAGAAACCACCAGUCAUGCUGCUGACUGAGGUCCAGCAGCUGACACCAUCUGAAGUGGGGGGAGUAGAGGAACUUCUUUUCACUCUUGGGGAAACAAAGAGCUGGAGCUACAAAGCCAGUGAUGAUUUGUCAGACCCAAGUGAUGAAGGUAAAGAGCAGAAACAUGCAACUCCAUCAGAACAAGCAGCUGUGAGAAAUCCUGAGAAUCCAGAAUUUCAGAUUUGUGCUCCACAUCAGAAAAAGGGUAAAAAAGUUAAAAAAGUUUUCCGCUGUGAUUUGUGCACAUUCACCUCACUCAGAAAAUCAAGUCUUAAUCGUCAUAUGAAAACCCAUUCUGAUGAGAAAUCUCAUGUAUGUCAUCUCUGCCUUAAGGCUUUUCGUACAGCUUCUCUCCUGCAUAACCAUCUGAAUGUGCAUAAAGGGACCAGGCCCUAUAAAUGCAGUGACUGUAAUAUGGCAUUUGUGAGCAGGGGAGAGCUUUCACGACACAGGCGUUACAAACAUACCUUAGAAAAACCUUUCAAGUGUUCAUUGUGUAAAUAUUCUAGUGUAGAAGCAAGCAAAAUGAAACGACAUGUUCGCUCACAUACAGGAGAACGUCCUUAUGCCUGUGAACUUUGCAGUUAUGCUAGCAAAGAUGCAUAUAAACUGAAAAGGCACAUGAGAACUCUUUCAGGUGAAAAACCCUAUGAAUGUUAUGUUUGCCAGUCCAGAUUCACUCAAAGUGGUACCAUGAAAAUCCAUAUGUUAUGGAAGCAUGGAGAAAAUGUGCCAAAAUACAAGUGUCCACAUUGUAGUGCCUUUAUAGCACGAAAAAGUUAUCUAGGUGUCCACUUACGAAAUCUGCAUUCCUACAUGGCAGUUGCAAUUAAAUGCAGUGACUGUGAAGCUGUAUUUCAUGAGCGCUAUGCGCUUGUUCAGCACAAGAAGACUCAUAGAAAUGAAAGAAGAUUCAAAUGUGAUCAGUGCAGCUACACGUGUAAACAGGAACAACACUUAAUUGUACAUAAAUGAACCCAUACUAGGAAGAAGCACUUUGCUUGCUUGUGCUGCAGCAAAACCUUUCAGCAAAAGGAGCUUCUAACUCUUCACUUUAGGAAGCACCAUGAUUCUAAUAUUAAGCCUAUAGUUUAUGAAUGCCCUAAAUGUGGUAAGGGCUAUUCACUCUGGGAUAACAUGCAUAAGCAUGCUGAAACUUGUGGCUCAGUGAGGGCAAAAACUGCUACACCCAGAAAAAGAAGCAAGGACAAAAAUAAACCCCAUGAGAACCAAAAGCAUGUUAAACAACAAGGGUGA